AUGUCUAUCAAGGACAAUCAUGCUGGUUUGGAAUUCACAGUCCGAAUGGAGAACCUCACACAGCAAGAUGCUGGGGUUUACUGGUGUGGCAUAGAGAAAAGAGGCUCUGAUCCUGGAUUCCGUAUACAUAUUACUGUUCUUCCAGUGCCCCUCUUUCCCCCCGUGAGCUUCCUGGGAGACUUUGGCUACCCUCCAGGUCCCUUGAGCAGGGAAGGCAACAGCACCAUGAGCCUCUGGAGGAAUUGGAUGCUCCUCACCUGGGUGCUGCUUCCAGGUUGCAUGUCUGAUCUGAAUGGUCCUGAAGCACUGAGUGGAUUUCUGGGCAGGUCACUCUCUGUGAUAUGCAAAUACGAUGUUGGGUUUAAGAAACAUGUGAAAUAUUGGUGCAAAGGAAGUUGGAAAGAUUGUACAAUAGUUGUUCGGACGACAGGAUCUGAAGAAGAAAAGAUGGCUAGCAGAAUUUUUAUCAAGGAUAAUCAAACUCGUUUGGAAUUCACAGUCAGACUGGAGAACCUCAAAGAGCAAGAUGCUGGGAUUUACUGGUGUGCCAUAGAAAGAACUGGCUCUGAUUAUGGAUUCCCUGUAAAUAUUACUGUUCUCCCAGGUGCUUACUGCUGGUAUAGUCAGAGGGUGGGGAGGGGUAUUACUCAGAAGGUCUCCCUCAGAGAGAAUAAGGAAGAGCACUACUUUCAAGUGACGAUGGACAAUUUGAAUCCGGAUGAUUCCGGUGUUUAUUACUGUGUUAUAGAUCGUUUAAUCUCGCUCAAUAUCAGACACAGGGUGAAUGUGACAGUUUCUCCAGCUUCCUCCUAAGAUUCAGAAGAAACAACAGCAAUUAGCAGGCAGACAGAACCUGAUCGCCUUCUAAUAACUAGCAAACAAGAACAAACAACUGAACAAUCAGGCUUCAGUCCUACUCCAACAGAAUACCUGAUUUAUGUGCCUUACGCCUUGAAAACCCUUAUCUUACUGUGUCUGGGCAUUGCAAUUAUCUGGAUGCAUAGAAGAUACAAUCAGAAGAGACCGUCAGCUCCCACACAGCAAGAAAAUGCUGCACAGUAAUCUCAUAGUGACCAAUGUAACUGCUAUUAUGCUUCUUUACAUUAUAUACAGUGGUGCUUCGCAUUACAAAUGCUUCAGGUUACAAACGCUUCAGGUUACAGACUCUGCUAACCCGGAAGUAGUACCUCGGGUUAAGAACUUUACCUCAGGAUGAGGACAGAAAUCGCG